GUGUAACUUGACAGCGUCAAUAAGCGCAUCAGUGCUGCGGACUGUGUGACUGAGCUGGACGUCUUUCUGUGAGACAGAGAAGGAAAAACAAGCAGAAAUCCUCCAGGUUUACUUUCUCAUUUAUCGCUUCGGCCUCUUCGGGGCAAACACUAAGAAAUCCUGGAAGCACCCGGAGAACCGCGGAUAUCCACGCGGCAAGGAUGCUUCAUGACCCCCGGCAGGUGUGAGGAGAUGGCGGCGGAGCCUCCGGCGGCCCCCGGCCGGGUGGUUCUGGUCAAGAAGAUCAUCAUGAAGGACGGAGCGGCGCCGCAGCAGGGCAUCGGCCGGCCCAGCGUCUACCACGCCGUGGUGGUGAUUUUCCUGGAGUUCUUCGCCUGGGGCCUGCUCACCACGCCGAUGCUCACCGUUUUACAUGAAACGUUUCCCCAGCACACGUUCCUGAUGAACGGGCUGAUCCAGGGGGUGAAGGGCCUGCUGUCCUUCAUGUCUGCUCCUCUCAUCGGGGCGCUGUCCGAUGUCUGGGGUCGGAGGUCUUUCCUCCUCAUCACAGUCUUCUUCACCUGCGCUCCGAUCCCUCUGAUGAGGCUCAGCCCCUGGUGGUACUUCGCCAUGAUCUCCAUGUCUGGAGCUUUCUCCGUCACCUUCUCCGUGAUCUUCGCCUACGUCGCUGAUGUGACGGAUGAGCGAGAGAGGAGCACGGCCUACGGUCUGGUCUCGGCCACGUUUGCAGCCAGCCUGGUGACGAGUCCGGCCAUCGGGGCGUACCUGUCGGCCUGGUACGGAGAUAACCUGGUGGUCCUGCUGGCCACGCUCAUCUCGCUGGCCGACAUCUGCUUCAUCCUGCUGGCCGUCCCCGAGUCGCUGCCGGACAAGAUGAGGCUGAAUACGUGGGGGACGCCUUUCACCUGGGAGCAGGCCGACCCUUUCGCUUCUCUGAGGAAGGUGGGUCAGGACUCCACAGUCCUGCUGAUCUGCAUCACCGUCUUCCUGUCCUACCUGCCGGAGGCCGGCCAGUACUCCAGCUUCUUCCUCUACCUGAGACAGGUGAUAAACUUCUCCUCCACGACCAUCGCCGUGUUCAUCGGGGUCGUUGGCAUCCUGUCCAUCGUUGCCCAGACUCUCUUUCUCACCCUGCUGAUGAGAUACCUGGGAAACAAGAACACGGUCCUGCUGGGUCUGGGUUUCCAGAUCCUCCAGCUGGCCUGGUACGGCUUCGGAUCAGAACCAUGGAUGAUGUGGGCCGCCGGAGCCGUUGCAGCGAUGUCCUCCAUCACCUUCCCCGCCGUCUCCGCUCUGGUGUCACAGUCGGCCGAUUCCGAUAAACAAGGGGUGGUCCAGGGGAUGAUCACCGGCAUCAGAGGUCUCUGUAACGGCCUGGGCCCAGCUCUCUACGGAUUCAUCUUCUUCCUCUUCAACGUGGAGUUCAACACAAUGGAUCCCAUCCAGGAAGAGUACAGCAUCGACCCGCUGCCUCUGCACGGCCCCACCGAGCAAGCGCUCAUUCCGGGUCCGCCCUUCCUGCUCGGGGCGUGCACCGUGGUCGUCGCCUUUCUCGUCGCCCUCUUCAUCCCUGAAAAGACGUCCUGCUCCUCCUCCGAGCUCUCCCUCAAUGACAAGCCCCUCCCAGACAACAAAGAGGCCAUAUCCUCGCUGGCCGGCGUCCACAUCAACACGCCGCUGCCAGGCAGCGACGAGGAGACCCCGCCCUCUGCCAGCGGCGAGGACGAGGAGCCGCUGCUGCACGACAGCAUCGUCUGAGGGAGCCGCUGCGGCGCCAAACCACAAAAACUUUGUGUUUGUUUGUUUUUAGCCAGAAGUUGGGACAGAGCGCCGUUUUUUGCCUCUCUGCCGAACGGCGAGAUGAACGUUUGAUCAACAGAGGAAGCAUCAUCCCGACCAAUCAGGACCCGUCUUUAACGAGCGGGUUCAACCUGAGCCGGCGGCCCUCAGAGAACCAGGAGCUCUGCUUUGAUCAGUCUGGGUGGACGGAUGUAGAUCCUGAAAUCUAGAUGUUUGAGGCUUUUUGGACGAUUUCACUUCUUUUAUUUUAAAUCUUUCAUCUGUUUUAAUUGAGAAGUUAAUUUAAACGUCAGCCAAACAUCCGGGUUUAUUUAUACUCAUGUUUUAUCCAUCAGUGUUUCUGGAGAACAGAUUGAGAUCAAAUCUAAAAUGAAUUAUCCUUCUUUAAUCUCAUGGUGAGAUUAAACCAAAGCUGAUAAAUUAGGAGGCGGGACUUAAUUCCGAGGUUAAAGAGAAACAGACAUGAUGGAUUCUGGUGGGUCCUUCUACCUCUCCACCUUUUUAUUUUUAUAUCAAAGUCACUUUAUUUCAGCGCUGCUGGCGGAGGGACUAACCUCCCUUCAUGUUGCAGCUGGGCAUCCCGUGGCGGCCCCCCAGGGCUGUGUCUAAACGCUGGAGGCACCGCUGACCUUCCUGUCAAUGAAUUCAUACUUGAAGCAUCCUCUAUAGCCGUGGAGAAGGUCUAACAGUAUUUAACGGCCACACUGUACAUAGUUUGGCUUCGUGGUGACUUUAAAAUGUAGAAGCACUUUUGAAUGACAGCCUGGUUUGUAACCGCUGCGGGUGUGACGUGUGUUCGGCCUGGUUUCCGGCUGCUUCCGGCUGCUUCUGGCCAGGUUCAGAGGGCACACAUCAUCGUGGGCUUUUCACGUGUUUACAGACGUGUAGUUCACGAUACACGCAUUUAUUUUCCACGUCUGAAACCAACAAAAUGCAGAGAGAGAAAAAAAAAGUAAGAAUAGAGUGAAAACCUGUCGACGGCAUUAAUGUACGUAGCACAUUGAUCAGUCAGGAAGGAAGGAAACCAGGAGGGAUGAAUGCUGGAGCAGGGAGACCUAACAAACCAGCACCACAGGGAGGAAUGUAGAAGCUUCAGUCAGCUCACUUCUGACCAAAUACUGGUUAAAAUACCGAACAGGAACAGGAAACAUCUGGCAGGUGGAGCUAACGCUCAUUAAACAUGUUCAGCAGGUUGGUGCUGAUGGUGGAAACGAGGUGAAAGCUGCUCUAAAGCUAAACGCUUUGGAUGCCUCAGUGGUCCGGCUGUUGACUCCCUGUUCUUGGUGUGAUGUUUGAUCCUGGACAUGGUUCUGAUUGAGGAGCUCGUCCAUCUGUCCUUCAGUGACGCUAGCGCCAUCUUUGAGCCGCCUCUCAUCGCUCAGACCGGAGCGAGGGAUGGCUGCUGUUAAAGACGCCAUGUUAGCUUCCAUACCUUCAUACUGAUGGGUUCAUCUGAGCUAACAGAACCGUUUCUCUGAUGCUUCUUCACUUCCUCCAGUUUUUUCCCAAACAGCAGAGGCCUUUCAGAUGGAAGGAGAAACAUCUUUAGGAACCAAACAGAAGUGCUGUUCUUUUCAGGCGGGGAUCCGUUUCCUGGAACAUUUCCGUCGUUGCUUCGGACGGGCAGCUAAUUCCUAUUCCGGUGUUUUUUGUAUCCGAUCAGAUCAGCCCAGUCUCGGUAUAUUAACACACAGACUGAGGCUGAAGGUCUCGUUUUUCCGAAGUCGUCUUUUUAAGGAUUGAACGUGCUCAAACAUUUUUUUAGAUCUUUUACUAAACAAAUGAUCGGGUCAUUUUUUUUCCUGAGACCAAUCAAUGUUCCUUUGGAAAUAUUCCCAGCUGCUGUAAAUACUGAUCCGAGCGGCGACUCGGUUCGACGGCUCAUCAAACCGACCUGCUGCUGUAAAUACUGUACAUGGAUUGGAUGUCUACACGUGAGCUGAGAUGUAAAUGAGGUUUACUGUCGUCUGUACCAGCCAUCUAUUGAUUAUUGAUAUUAAAACGGUACAACCACA